AUGCGCGCCACCACCUCCCUCUCCGGGCUCAGCGGCAGCCUGCGAAUGCUGUCCCUCUCCUCCUCCUCCGCCUCCUCCUCACAGACUACCGCGACUGUCGUCCGACCAACCACCCAAAUGCGUUCCCUAUCCUCGACCAUAUUACGGACUCCGAGCUCCAGCCCUAUCGUGAGGUUUCCAGCACGAGCGCUUACGCCCGCUGUGCAGCGCCUGGCUGGUGGUCUCCAGGCGAUGCGGUACCAGGUUAGAGGGAUGAAGGUGUACAGCUCAAUUAAGAAGCGGUGCGAGCAUUGCAAGGUGGUGCGACGGAAGAAGAGCAAGAGAUCAAAUGGCUACCGGUAUAUCAUUUGCAGUGCAAAUCCUCGACACAAGCAGCGUCAAGGCUCGUAA